AUGUUCGUACAGGAUCACAUCAGUCUGUACGAGCAGUUCCUGAAUGAGGAGAACAGCCGCGUGGACCCGCAGCACUGGAAGUUCAUAAGCGAACAGGACGGUUGUCGUGCGUACAGCGAACGACGAGGAAAUGUCGAUGACGGCUCCGGUUCCAGUGGGGACGACGUGCCCCUACACGUGGAUACGCCGCGAUCCGAACUCCCUACGAUCCUGGUAACGGGUAUUGUACUAGGAGAUCAAGAAGACGCCAUCUAUGGGUACAUCUGUUCGACUCUGGACCAGAUGCGCAUCAAGACGUCGUACGUCAAUAACCAGCUUAUCGGAGCCCAUGUAUUGGCGACGAUCGUGCCGCCCACACCGGAAGAUCCGUUCCGUGCAGUGACCAUCAAGUGGAUGGAAAAAGGUCAACGAUUACAUGUCCGCGCAGUAGUUAAGAACAGAGAUUUCGUGUACAUGGAAGCCACCGGCGUCGAUUAUCUACGCAACGGCGAACGCGUAGGAUACCAGCUCCUCCACUCUGUCCAGUUCCUCGACACUCCGCCAUUGGAUGGAUACAUUCGCGGUAAUAUGUCCAUGUGUGCGUGUUAUCGUCAGAAAGACCCGUAUUCUACAAAAGUGUUCAUCAAGGGAUAUCUUAACCCUGCAGGGGGACUCAUGCGCUCUAUCGUCCUACACUCGGCCGCUACAGCUUUACUGUCUGUGUCUAAGAAUGUAUACUGCGCGCAAAUGAAGAAACUCGAGCCUCCCAAGCCAACGCUCAACUUAUUGGCCGGGAAAAGGCAAAGGCGGACGUGUAAGAUCUGCUUCCGGUACGUGUGUAAGUCGUGUCGUGAGACGCGCAAGCUCUGCUUCAUCCUGCCAGAUCAUCGACUGGCGGAGCAAGACGUGCACUUCUGCAAGCCGUGUCUGAGCGAUGCGCUGGUAACUAAGGCAAGAGGGAUUGCACGGGACGAGGUGAUAUCACGUAGCGAACUAUACGAAUGGAGCAAUACGUACGGCAGCUCUUCUGGCAAUGAAACCGUGCCGCUAGACGAACAUUAG